AUAACGUGGUUCUUGGUGAUGGGAAGAAUGAUUAUUUGCUUGAAAAGAAAGGACAGGGCAUGGAAGGAGAUGACCCAUGGCGACUAGUGAAUCGGCGCGUUUGAGUUGGAGAGGCCCAUGGCUAUGUUGAACAGCGUGCAUGUUUAUAUAGGAAAAGAACGGACGAGUGUUUGGUAAUUGGCAGGGCAUCUUUUUGAAAUUAAACUAGCGAAAAUUGCCAGAUUAUUUAAUCACAAUUUGCUGUCAAAACCCCUAGGUCAUGGGUUGCAUUCAGUAGAGCUACUUUGCCUUGCUGCAAUGGCAAGAAAGGUUGCUUACGCAGGAAAUUCAAAUACAUACGUAGUUAUUUGUUAGUGACUCAGAGAUUAAACAGUAGAAACAGUGGGGAACCAUCUUGGUUUGUAUAUUAAGAAUUCAGGAAAUCCAGCUGACUAAUCUUUCUUCUAAGCAAUGCCCUUCUUACAGGUUAAUCCAUUUGAGAUCCAGAAGUGAACUCCAAGCCUCGAAAAAAUGACUUGUAUUUCUUGCAACCUCUAAAAACUGCGUAUAAAACAAAGAAAAACAUUCACUAACUCCACGAUAAGAAACCAGGAUGAAAUUCACACUUUUCUUCUGCAUUUUCUUGUGCCCUUGCAUCACUAUCUGCUUGGCAGAUAGCGAUAAUCUUCAGGAUACUUGCCCAACAGCUACUACAGGCAAGCAAACUGUCUUCAUCAAUGGCUUCCCUUGCAAGAAUCCAAACAGCAUCGUUGCUUCAGAUUUCAAGUCAUCAAAACUGAGUCAUCCUGGUGACACAGGCAAUUUCUUCCGUUCAUCACUUACCCUUGACAUGGCUGCGGAUUUCCCAGGUCUCAACACUCUCGGCCUCUCAAUAGCCAGGACUGACCUUGACGUUGAUGGUUUGACCAUGCCUCAUUCCCAUCCAAGAGCAUCCGAGAUAUUCUUCGUUAGCACAGGCGUGGUGUUUGCUGGCUUUUUCGACACUCAAAGCAAACUGUUCUCAAAAACUCUCAAGCCAGGAGAAGUUUUUGUGGUUCCUCAAGGUCUGCUCCACUUUUUCAUCAAUACUGGCGAUGAGGCUGCAGCUGUUUUCUCUGUACUUAAUAGCCAGAACCCAGGGGUGGUAAAGAUUGCCGAUGCAGCGUUUGAGCUUGGUGAUGAGGAAAUGGUAGAUAAACUAGUAAGGAAAAUAAAAUCUGCCGCUGCCUUGGAGGUCAAAGCAUCCGGCAUUCAGAAUGUGACUCCGACUGACUUUUAACAUAUUCAGAGUCAGUAAUCAGAACAUUGUAAGUCAUUACAUGACAUGUGAGCCAAGUACAUACCUAUUUCUGUGUGUUUUCUAUAGUUAAAAGCACACAAUUUGCUCAAGAAUAAUAGCUAUGCAGCCGAAAAUAAUAUGACUAGAAAUCAAAGAACAAAGGGAGACAAAAUUUAA